AUGGGCGGUGUGAACGUGCACUGGGACCGUCCGGGCGAUGAGUGCGACCAGGAAUUCACACCGGCAUACUUUCGCGCCUUUUUGGAAGCGCUGUACUUGAAGAACAUGAGCCUGAUUCUCACGGUGCCGCCCGUGCUGGAGCUGGUGCGCAAGUUCUGGCUCAUCAGCCUGACCCGAUACGUGGACUACGUCAUCGUGACGACACACUUGCUUCGUCGACAGGGAGUGCUGGACUGCUCUGGGAAGCGUGAAUUUGCGGCUGCCUCGUACCUGGCUAUCCGGAAUCACAUCCUAAAGGAGACGGCCAAUCCGUUCCAGGCGGCAAAGGUCGUCUAUUCUAUCGCCCUGGGCGCCGACGUGUUCCGCGCGACACUUCCCCUGAGCUUCCCGAAGCUGCAUGAUGCCGGCACACCGUCCAGCGUCUUCGACGGUCCAACGAUACAGCCGAACAAGACCAGCUACGACCACGUGUGCCGCAUGCCCAAGGGAGUCUUCGAUGGCGACAGCGAGUGCGUCUACGCCAUCCGACAGCAGGCAACCGGUAGCACCGAGCUCGCCCUGUACGCAGGUCCCGAGGAACUGGCUGCGCGCAUGCGCAAUUCUUAUGCCAGCAAAAUUGGGGACACGACGGUCGCCGUGUAUGACAUGUUCCUGGAUGACUUCAGCGGGAACUGCAUGUCUGCCGAAGGGCCGACUACGACGCUGUCUCCGCUGGUGGCUGCCAUUGCGGAGACCGGACUGUGACCGUAGCCUCCGUGAUUAGCUCUGGCAACGCGCGUUGCCGGAGCCAAUCUUGGAAGCCACGCUGUGACCGCGAAUCAGCUCAACAAUGCGUCCCUGCGGGGCUGACGCUGCUUAAUUACCUUGCCCCAGGGCGGCGCUGCUGCUGACUUGUUUUGUGUCCAUACAACUAUCGCCGCUGUCCCAAGCGCUGCGAUGAUUCCUCUUUCAUCGAUGUAAAUAUUUGUUCGUUAUAUAUACUUCGCUUGAUUUCUACGGACUAUUCGCUAC